GCGAGGCGCGGGGCAGGGGCGCGGCGGCGCGCGUGUCCCCCUGGCCCAGCGAGUGGAAGGCGCGGGCAGCGGCGGCUCCAAGUGGCCGCGGCGGUGGGCUGUGCCCGAGUCUCCUCCCUUUGGCCGGCCGCAGGCCUGCAGCCCCAGUGUCGCCACCGCCGCCACCAUGGCCCCACAGCAGCUCUUCCGCGCGCUCGUGUCGGCGCAGUGGGUGGCCAAGGCACUGCGGGCCCCGAGCGCGGGGCAGCCCCUGCAGCUGCUCGAUGCCUCCUGGUACUUGCCCAAGCUGGGCCGCGACGCGCGCCGCGAGUUCGAGGAGCGCCACAUCCCCGGCGCCGCCUUCUUUGACAUCGACCAGUGCAGCGACCGCACGUCGCCCUACGACCACAUGCUGCCCAGCGCCGCGCAGUUCGCCGAGUACGCGGGCCGCCUGGGCGUGGGCGCCGCCACCCACGUCGUGGUCUACGACGCCAGCGACCAGGGCCUCUACGCGGCGCCGCGCGUCUGGUGGAUGUUCCGCGCCUUCGGCCACCGGGCGGUGUCGCUGCUCGACGGCGGCCUCCGCCACUGGCUGCGCCUGGGCCUCCCGCUGAGCCCGGGCAAAAGCCGCCCGGAGCCCGCGGAGUUGCGCGCCGCGCUCGACCCCACCUUCAUCAAGACCUACGAGGACAUCAAGGAGAACCUCGAAUCCCGGCGCUUCCAGGUGGUGGACGCCCGCGCCGCCGGCCGGUUCCGGGGCACCGAGCCCGAGCCCCGAGACGGCAUCGAACCCGGCCACAUCCCCGGCACGGUGAACAUCCCCUUCACGGACUUCCUGACCAAGGAGGGCCUGGAGAAGAGCCCUGAGGAGAUCCAUCGUCUGUUCCAGGACAAGAAGGUGGACUUGUCCCAGCCGCUGGUGGCCACGUGUGGCUCCGGUGUGACAGCCUGCCAUGUGGCACUGGGGGCCUACCUCUGCGGCAAGCCCGACGUGGCCAUCUAUGACGGCUCCUGGGUGGAGUGGUACAUGCGCGCGCAGCCGGAGGAUGUCAUCUCCGAGGGCCGCGGGAAGACCCAUUGAGGCUGGCCGGGACACAGGGAGCUGUGGAGGCCUGGUGGUUCUGACUCUGCUUUGACCGAGUGUGUGUAUCUUCCUGCGAGUCAGGUGGCACAUAAGGGGACAUUCCAGAGGCCAGGCGUUCCGUUGACUUGUGGGCUCCCAGUGGAGGCAGGAGAGAAGGUGGUGGUGGGCGCAGGGGAAGGCAGCUGCCCCACAUGCUGAGCUGGGGCCCCACCUCCCUUCUGUUUCACUGUUGAGGAAAUAAAAUAGCCAAGGGCUAAAUCUUUCUAA